AUGAAAGUACCCAACGGGGAUUUUGGAAAAUUUUUGAAACAAGAAUCAUCAGAAAUAAAAAAUAUAAAUAGGACUAUUCCAUCAGGUGGAGUAAAUAUUGAGAAUAAUCAAGUUUUUACAAGUAUUCCACAUCCACAAGGAAUUAUAAAUCUUCAACCACAAAUUAUAUCUAAUGGUUUUUUUUCAAUUCCUAACCAAUAUGCUCCAUGCAUAAAUCAAAUUCCUGAUAAUAUUAAAUUACAAAAUCAACAACAAGAACAAUGCCCCUCAAAUAUGAAUGAAAUUCCUAAUAUAAUGACACUAUUUCCUUCAUCAUCUUCACUAAAAAAUGAAAAAAAUUUAAAGGCAGACAAUAAUACACAAAAGACAGGAGUAGAAAGUACAAAUUUAAUACAUCAACAAUUGAUAAAUCAAAAUUUAGGAACAACAAAUCAACAAAUGUUAUCAAAUCAAGGAAUGACAAUAAAUCGUACUAUAAUUAAUAAUUCUUCUAAUAAUAUUCCUCUAGGAACUAAUUAUUUAGGAAAUCAAUGUAUUGUUAAUAAUUCUCAUCAAAAUACAAAUGUUUUUCAAACACCUAAUACUAGUUUGCAAAUAAAUGAACAAAUAAAAAAUUUUCUUAAUAGUUUGAAACAAAAUCAACCUACAAAUUUAAUAAAUAAUGUUCAACAAUCAACAAAUGUUGUUCCAAUUUCAACAGCUUCAACAUUAUCAGAAACAACAAUUAAUCAUCUUAUAAAUUCAAUGCCAGGACCUUCAAAUAUAUCUAAUAUAGGUACAAUUCAUCAAUCUAAAGGAGGAGGAUUUACACCACAAAUAUCUGUUCAACAACAACCACAUAUAUUGCAUAAUCUUAGAAUACCAAUGGAAAGUGAUUGUCCACAAAAUUCAUCUAUUAUACCUUUAUCAACAUCUCAACAACAACAAAUUAUUCAACAAGCAAUUCUCCUAUCUACAACAGCACCUCCAUUACCAACAAAAGAGGUUGUUGAUGAAAUAUUUAUUAAAAGAAAAGUAUGUAAACCUAAAGUUAAAAUUGAAGGAUGUGAACCAUUAGAUAUUUCAACAGUUGCUGGAUAUCCAAUUACAUGUUUUAUAGUAGCCGGUGAACCUCGUAUUAGCUUUUCAGAAUUUUCAAAUACUGUAUUACCACACAUUUCUGUAUCAGCUAUUCAUGAUGCAUAUCAAAAAUUUAAUAUGUCAACAAAAUGUGCUACUGAUAAACAAUUAUUAACAUUAAAAUUAGAAGGUAGAAUACCUGUACAAUUAGGUACAUGUACUUUAAUAACAAAAUCAAAUGCUGAAAGAUUAGCAGGACAUUUCUUAUGUGAUGUACGACAUAUGGAUUCAUUUAUUAGUAAAUAUGAUACAUCAACAUUUAUUAAAGUUAUUCAUAAUUUAUUUGGUGGUAAUACAGGUUUAUAUUAUCCAUAUUUCCCUAAAACUCAUUGUAUUAAAUGUAUCUAUUGUCAAUUUGUUUUUGGUCCACAAAAAUUUUUAACACAUUCACAUAAUACUAAAAGUGAUAAAAUUGCUGUAUGGGGAUAUGAUGAUAGAAAAUGGAGAAGAUAUUAUAAUCCACCUAUAGAUGAAAAAGUUGAUUCAAUGUAUUUAGAUAUUUUUAAAACAUUAAUUAUUGAUAAUAAUGUAGAACCUAAUCGUAAAAGGACAGCAAUUGAUAUGAAAGAUGAAAUUGUUCAUAAAAAACCAACAACAACAAAUGGAUCAACAAUAUCUAAUAUAUCUACAACAAAAAAUGAUACUGAAAAAAGAAUUGAUAAUUUAAGUCCUGUCUUUCCAACACCACCAGGUUCAGAACCAUCACCAUCAACAGGAAAUAUUGUUACAAAACCUAGUAUAACAAAAGUUUCAAACAACACUACAACAGUUGUUGAUGUUUUACCACAUCAACAUCAUAAUAAUAAUUUAAAUGUAUAUGCGAUGACUCAACCACAAAAUACACGACAAAAUCAUAAUAUAGUAUUACAACAACAAACACAUCAAUUACAACACCAACAGACAAAUGAUAAUAAUAAAUCAGCAUUUGUUGGAAUUCAACAAUCUAUACCUAAUGUUACAUUAUCGCAAAAUACAAUAUUUUCACCAUCAAAUUCUUCACCACAACAAGCACAACAACAACAACAGCAACAACAACAACCAUUACCAUUACCACAACAAUCACAACCAACAAUAAUAGGUCAGCAACAACAAUGUAUUCCAAUGAUUGGUGGGAACUUUCCUCUAAAUGGACUUAAUUCAAUGCAAUUUAAUAUUCUUAUUAAUCAAUUAAUACAAAGUCAAAAUUAUGUUGAUGAUCCAAAUAAAUCAUUAAUAGAAAGUCUUGCAGUUUUAAUACCAUCAAAUCAUUUAGCAUCUGUUUUAACAAAACUUAAUAAUGAAUUUUCUAAUUAUAAAAAAGAAAUCGAAUUAUUAAAAGAACAAAAUAAGCGUAUGGAAAAAAUUAUUCAAGUAUGUAUAAAUGCAUCUGAUGUUAUUAUAAUUAUCAUCAUCAAAAGCAACACCAAAAAUAUUAAUCAGAAAAAUUAA